CAGUAACAAACCACCUUCACAAAAAACUUGUACGGGAGAUAUUUUCAGCGUUUUUCGCGGGUUUGAAAAUCCUUUACCUCUUCAACUCUUCAAUUCAACUAAAAAUCAGCUUUUUUUAUGAAAUAAAUAACAAGCAUGCUCGAGAAUGGAUGAAGAAGUUGAAUUAAACAGAAAUAUGAAUGAAUCAGAGAAGAAGAACGAUGGUGAUGAUCACUGUAAAGAGGUUUUUCGAUGGGAAUUGUUUCUACCAAAGAUAACUGUUACUGUUCUGCUUGUUGAAUCCGAUCGUUCUACUCGGCGGUUAAUUACUUCACUUCUCAUGAAUUGCAAUUACAAAGUUAUUGCUGUUUCAGAUGGAGUAAAGGCAUGGAAGACUUUGCAAAUGAAGGAAAUUGAUGUUGAUAUUGUAUUAGCAGAAAUGGAGUUGCCUGUAAUAUCUGGAUUAGAGCUUCUUUCUUUGAUGAUGGAGCAUGAAACUUGCAAAAACAUUCCUCUUAUAAUGAUGUCUUCUCACGAUUCACGUAGCAUGGUAAUGAACUGCAUGUGCAAAGGUGCAGCUGAUUUUCUAAUCAAACCUGUUCGGAAGAAUGAGCUUACGAACUUAUGGCAGCAUGUUUGGAGAAAGCAUGUUUUUAACAGGCCUCUCCAAGAUACAUCUGCACAAGAUAAACUUAAAAUUGCCAUAGAAGACAGUUUUACUGGCAAUCAAUCGACUGAUUCUGUUUCUGUGACUUCCUCACAGAAAAAUAAUGAAUGCAGUGAGAAACUGAGCGAGGCUCAAGUAACAAAACUUGAAAGGGAAUCAACUAAGCUUAAUGUUGAAGCAAGAGACUCAAGGCUAGAACAAGACUACAGUACUUCUGAAGUUGAAUCGAAAAAUGAAAUAUUUAGAGCUGACUUAAGCAGAGAGAACCGCGAUACUGAUAAUGAUACUGCGAUGCGUGGAUGCAGUGAUGAACUUAUAGAACCUUCUAGCGAAGCUAUUGACUUGAUUUCCACAGUUGGGAAUCUCCGCAAGUGCACAAAGGAAAUCCAUUGCGUUAAUGGCGAUAAAGAAACCAAGUUUGAUUUUGAAAAAGAUUUGGAGCUGUCUUUAAGAAGUGGUUUUUCAGGCAGCUCAUGCAAACAAGCAAGUGAAGCCACUGAGGAAUGGCAAAGAUUGAACCACUCAAAUACUUCUACUUUUUCCCAGUUUGAUGGUAGUAAGAUGUUGUGGCCACUUUUUCAAAACCCCAAUUGGAGCUCUAAUAAAUCUAAUGAAUUAUCAGUAGUUGCUGUUGAUAAUUGCAUUCAAUACGGUGGCCCGAUUAAAAUAGAAGACAUGACUAACGCAGUCACGGCUCAUUACGGACAAUUUGGACCAAAAUUAUUUAACACUGGACUCUUAGCUGAUAAUGUUCUUCAUCACAUGCGGAUUCCUAAAUCAAAUUUCCAAAAAGAGAGCUCUCCCUUUCCCUCUAGUUCCUCUUCCCAGUCAAAUCCUGAAAGUCACAAUUCAGACCAUCAUCAUAAUUGCUCUUAUGAUGCUAACUACAGUUUUCUUAAUCAAAGUGUUACUGAAAAAUAUGAUUUGGAUCAUGUAGUGCAUGAUUCUCCUAGUGUUGGUUCAGGAUUCGGCGAUGACAUUUGCCAAGCUUCAAAUUAUAUUAAUAGUGGCAAUGAUGAAAGAGCUACUUCAAAUGUGGUUACAAAGAAUUCAAGAAGUUCUAAUGAUUGUAGGCGCAACAGAAAAGAUAGUUAUGAUUAUGAUGAUGAUGAAUUUAGAUUGAGUGAUUCUCAUCGCUCCAGUCAAAGAGAAGCAGCUCUAACAAAGUUUCGUUUAAAGCGAAAAGAGAGAUGCUUCGCGAAAAAGGUUCGGUAUCAGAGCCGGAAAAAAAUCGCAGAGCAGCGCCUUCGGGUGAAAGGGCAGUUCGUACGUAGAGCACAGGAUGAUGAUGAUCAUCCAAAUGCAGAUGCUAACGGUGAUCAAUGAAACUUGCUCUUUUUAACUUACCGUUGACUUUAUCACCGAUUUUUGCUCACUAUGAUUAGAUGAGGAGUGGAGUGUAUACAGUGGAAUAAUCUGUUUUUUCUUGAAACAUUAGCCUGUCCUUAAAGCAGUAGCGAGAUAGCUAAAGGGUUAUUCAUGUUAAAGAUUCCUAGGGUUUUCUUCUGUUUUUUUUUUCUUUUUCUUCUGAUUGAUGCAUUUAACUUCAUAAUUGUAAAUAUUUAGUGGGAUAUUGAUUGCUCUGAAGUUUGAUUUCAGCUGUUUAUACAUUUUCUUGGUUGAACUUUGUUUGAAAAUGUUUAGUUAAGCACCUCUAGUUUCACAAUCUUGAACAAUGUUUAAACUCAAUUCAUACACAAAUGCAUUAUCUCCUAUUAAAAAUUGAAACCACCUUAUCAAGUGAAUAAUUCUUACACAAUUUUUGUUUCUGUUAUAUUCUGAAGAGUCCAGCGACAAGUCUCACACAUUAAGCACCUAUAAUUUUAGGGUAAUAUCCAUUCUAUAUUGUAAAAUUAUUGAUGUUGUUUGCUUGAUAAGUGAAAAUUGAAGACUAGUAUCUGUUUCAAGCUAAAUGACAUUUGAUUUUGAAAUCUCCUUAUGAUUUGCAAGGUAGAAUUUUCUUAAUGAAAUUUCAUUACUGUAAUGUUCUACUGAUUUUCAAUUCAUCUUUCUUUCAAUCUAUUAUAUCUUUUGUCCUAAAGUAACUGUGACACGCGGCAUAACUAAGAAAGCGAAAUGCUGAUGAAGUUGAUGACAGUAUUUUCUAAGCUUUUUUGAUCACUUAUUGUGAUAGA